AUGGCUGAGAAAAAGGGCUUCCAGGUUUCAAUUUGCAAACGUCGACGAAAUCGUGACCUGGGUGUCCUGAGUAAGGAGUUGGCCCCCAUCUUACGCCCAGCCGUUUUCCACGUUUUGAUUUCGCUGUCGGAAUUCUUUUUAUCCGUGACGGGGUCUUGCAACCACGGAUGGGGAAUUGGUCGCUAUUGGCGUCGUCAUUUCGGGGUCAAAGAGGUUGCCUACAUCCCCGAUUGCAAUGAUGUGACAGCUGCCCUGAUCACCAGCAUGAUUGGCGUGGAUCCUUCCCAUGUUAUUGCAAAGCCUUUGGAGGAGACAAUCGAGGUGGAAGGAGUCUCACUGACUUUUCUAGACGCAGGGCAUUGCCCAGGCAGCGCGAUGGUUGCUUUCGAAGCCAAUGGCACCGAGGGAGUCGUGCUUCACACAGGUGAUUGUCGAGCAUCAGAAGGGACACGGCAAUCUCUACUUCGGUGGCUGGGGAAUCGAACUGUUUCAGAUUUGUUUUUGGACACCACCUACUGCUCGCCUCGCUGGAAAUUUGUGCCACAGACUGUCGCUUGUGAUUGGCUCAGCCAAAUAACAUCCAAAGAACUUCAACGUGAACCAAAGACUCUUUUCGUAGUGGGGUGCUACCAGAUUGGAAAGGAGAGGGCUGCCAAGGCUGUGGCCGAGGCUGCCUGCUCUUCUGUUUAUGUGGAGCCGCGACGCUGGAAAGUCAUCCAGCUUGCAGGUUGGGGUGAUGAGAAGCUGUCCGACUGCCGCCAACUCUGGAGUAUCGACAAGGAAGGCUGUUGUGUUUGGAUGUGUGCUUUGGGUGGCCUCGCGCAUGAUGUUCUGAAGCACUUCCUGGACUCAACAAAGGGGCAAUUUGAGGCAGUGGUUGCUUUCAGUCCUACUGGAUGGUCUUGGUCUCCAAAAGCUAUGUCACAAGGGAGUGCAGGGUGCAAAUGCUGGGUGGAAAAUGAUGGCCGGACUAGAGUCUACAACGUGCCAUACAGCGAGCACAGUUCCUUCGACGAAUUGCAAGCUCUUGUGCGGGAUAUCCGCCCACGGCGCUUGAUCCCCACAGUGAACUCAGAAACGCGAGAGAGUAAAGAGCGCAUGAUGGCGCCUUUCCUGGAUGUGUUGGAUCUGAAGGGCGACCCAGAACGCAUGGACCACUAUCUUGGAAGUGGAAGUUCGUCCUCAAGGCAUCGCGACAUGGAGACAGUGCCUGAAGCCUUCGUUGAUGUCAUUUCUUUGAGCAAGACUUACUGCGAAACUUUUGCAUCAACAAGUGAGACAGCAGCUGCAGUCAGGGCUGGAUCAAUGCUUCCCGGGUGGAAUGGAAAGCUUGCAGCCAGGAAAGUUUCGUUGGAUUUAGACUCUGAGGAUUCGACCUCCGCGGGUGGAUCCUCAUCCAGCGGUGGAAGCUUUGCACUCGCAAGUGGCGGACAUGUCAAGAGCUCUGCAGUGGUGGACCUUGACCUCGAUCAGGAUGAAGAGAAUGACUCCUUUGAAGAAACGGCUGGCAUGCCGCAUGGCAUGCUAACUACGUUUUUGGAGGAUGACUUGCGGAAUGUGGAUCUGGACCAGCAAAAAAGGCUGCUGCGCUUUUUUGAAUCUUCAACACCAAAGGCCCAUGAGCAAAAGGCUCCGUCAAAGCCACGUACCAUGUCCAAGAAGUCCAAAGCCAAAGGGAAGGGAAAGGGCAAGAGCAAAACUUCAGAAGCUCAGGCACCUGUCUUGAAGCAUUUGGGUGUAAGACCCAAAGAGGAGCCUGUGCCGAAGGCAAAAAGCAAACGCCGCGCCAAAGCUGCUGGCAGUGGUUCAAAUAAGCGGACAAAAACAGAAGGCGCUAAGGAUCCCAAGCAGCCUGGAGAGAAGCGUCCAGCACGAUUUAUCCCGAAGCCGAGUGCUCGUGUGCAGGAGCGCAUUGAUCGGGCGUUCUCUCACCGGCUCUACUUUCUGUCGCGGCAAGCUGAUGGAGAUGGGGAGAAGUUGGACGUGCUGGGCAGCACUGGAAAUGUGUACCAUGUAGAGUUGGGUCCUUCAGGGAAUGCCUGCUCUUGCCUGGAUUUUGCAAAGGGUGGCGGUGUGUGCAAGCACCUACUUUUCCUUAUGUUGCGGGUGCUAAAACUUUCAAGAGAAGACCAUCGAGUCUACCAAACUGGUCUCACAAACUCAGAGUUGCAGCCUUUGCUCUCCAUGCUUCGUGGUGACGGCUUCCGUGCUGGAGGUGUGCAGGCCGAUGCAACUGUGAUGCGCGGCUACCAGCAGGCCCGUGGUGUGGAAACAGGCGCACGUCGGCCGCUUCCAGCAGACUGUCCAAUUUGUUUCGAAGAAAUUGUGGAGGAGAAGGCUGUGGAGUUUUGCAAGGUAUGUGGCCACAAUGUGCACAUUGACUGCCAGCGGCAAUGGGCUUCUGCAGGGAAACAUGACACUUGCCCGAUGUGCCGCAGCCCUUGGGGUGCUUUGGUUGCAUCAUAA